AUGGAAAAUGGAAACGGUGGUGGUGCUGUGAAAUCAUCUACGGCGAACAGUGGUCGCUCAUGGCGGCGGCAAGGUCAGUCGGGCGACGCUGGGCAAGAUCUUCGCGCAGUACCAGACUUAACGGGAGCAGAAGAUGCGGGAAAUCAUGCAGAUUUCCUCGCUGAUUACGAGGAUUCAGGCGUGGGAUAG